GGUUCCUCGCUUUGGUGGAGUACUUGGUUCUUUUGAGGCCCUUCCCCAUCCUAGAUCCUUGAAGUAGUGCUUUUUCCGCCCCGGACCCUUUUUUCCGCCCUCGCGGCUUCUUGCCUGGACCCUACGAAACCCAAAUCCUUGGGGCCCUUCACACACCGACGGGCGGGGGUGGAAGGCUUCCGAGGGCGGCAAAUGUGGCAAGGCUUUGGCCCCCUUCCGUGUUUCAUGUCCCCGCCAGACCUUCCGCUGGGCGGGCUCCCUCAUGGGGGGCCCCCCGGGGGGUGGGAGGCCUCCGGGGGCAGCAGGUGGCAGGGCUUGACCCCCUUCGCCGUGCUGCAUGCGUCCGACGGAAGCCAGGCGGGCGCGCUUUGCCCCCCCCUCCUCCUCGCCUUUGGUCCUCAGCCUCCCCGGGCGUUUGGUGGCGGCUGACGCUGUCACCAAUUGGGGGGAUGAGGGCAACCCAGCAAAAGGUGCCAGGCCUCGCGACCGUGGCCGCCUUCGGCGGUCUUCUCCCCCCGGAGGCCGUCCUUUUGAUAGGGUCCAAGCGUCGGGACGCCUGUGAGGUACACGCGGAGAGCCGUAAGGGGACUCCGGCUCCGCUUUUUGAGGCUUUCGCCCCCGGGAAUCCUCGCACCACCGCGGAAAAAAGGGCGCGCCGACGCCACCACAGCUCCACCCACAGGGGGGCGGGGGGGCCUCCCUCCCUGGUGCGUAUAUACAUAGUAUGGCAUACAUUCAAACUUUCGAGAGCUAAAAGGAAAUUCAAACUCUCCAGUAUCUCAUGACUUUCUUUCCUGCCUUAUUGUUUUUGCCUUUUACUGGUACUGCCUCCUGAGUGCUACAAAGAAGAUACCAUGUCGCAAGAGCAGGUAGAGUCCGGCCUCGCGCUGCGGCAGGAAGUGCUACAUUUUCGACUAUUCGACCGGGAAAACGCGCUGAGAAAGGCGACUCAAGAAGACUCGCUGAAUAUGCCAUCAUUAUUUCGUCGAAGUGCGCUUUUCGUCAUUUUGCUGCCAGACGAGAGCGUGACAGAGUUUGACGGAGACGUGUUAAUAACGAGCACGAAUGCGUGGCUACAUGGGACCGAGCGUGGCGACCUCUUCGACCGCGAGCUCCGUUUGGGGGGUGGCGCGGACGCUGCGCUGCAUGCCGCGCAACCCAAGCUGGCUGAGCUCACGCGCCGCGCCCUGGUGACAAAGCGCGAUCGCGUCAAAAAACGGCUGCAGCGCGAGCACGCGGCGGUAACAAGGGGCGAACAGGACCAAGAAGUUUAUCAAGAAAUGCUCACGCCACGGGGCAGUGGCUACUUCGUGCGCGCUGGUUCUUCCUCGAGGAAUUUGCACGAGCGAGGCCCCGCUGGAACCAGAACGGGGAACGAUGUAACGCCGCGGUCGCAUUUGAGCGACCGAUCUGACAUCGUGUUUCCAAGCCCGCGACUGCGAUCGCCCCGCGAUUCCUUUUACUUCUCUCAAGGCGGCACAGCACGCAACGAGGACGACAUUGACCACGCUCGGCGCCUGCUGGAGAGCGGGCCGCGAUCUGCGAGAUCGUUCGGUACAGGCCAAACGGCAGGCUACACGGAUGUUGUGGGGAGGCAGAACACGAUAGACCCGCACGUCCUGAGCCGGCAGGUUAGCAAAGAUAGCCACUACAGCGUGGCUUCGCAUAUGAGCAAGGAGAGCGCAACUAUCUCGCAAAGCCUAGACGCAGCUGGCGGGAGUUCCAUGAGAUCGAACGGUAAGAGCCCGGUCCGACGGCGCUCCACCCUAGAUCUGCCGCCCGGCGGCAACUUCCGCGCUGGCGGCGUCAUGCGCAAAUCGAGUAAAGAGGUAUAUAAUAUGCAAGCUGUCAGUGGCAAGUCUAUGCACCGCCACUCAUCCUCCGCCAGCGCCACGACAUUGGGAGUUUCCUCUCCGAAUGAAGCCUCACCCCGGUCGCAAGAAGAUGCGGCGGCGCCGGCAAGUCCACGUUUAACGGAAGGAGUGGCUAGGGCUAUGGAAGGGUCUCAUAUGGCGUCGAGUGGGAAUGAGGUAUUCGGGCUGGUAGCCUCCGACGUCGGACAGAGUCUUCAACGCAGCGUGAGCGAGCAAAGCGGCGCGCCGCAGCGAGAUGACCGAGAGGGGCGUGGGGCUGGUUCGUCUCCAGUUCGAGAGACGUCACCUCGCGAGACCAAGCAUGUGGUGACAGCAAAGGGAGAGCCCGUGUCCCCGCGCGGAGCCACGAAGCAGCGCGCGGUAAAACACCGCGGGAUGGCCAAGCGACAGGGGAGUAAGGACGUUUUGCGCUUAGAGCUGGGUGAAGUCGUGGAGACGUUGGGCCGGCAACGGAUCCUGCAUACCUGUCUGCCGUGCUUCCCUUCUGCAGCUCAACGAGCCCAAUUUUAAGGUCAGCUGUUUUCCGUUUCUCCGAUCACGUUGACAUCGUUUCCCCCACAAACGAAAUUUAUUGAUAGAUAUGUAAGGGCGGGGGAAGCAGAGGUCAGCUAACGGGGACGACUAGAUGGAAUGGAGCAUCAUCUAAUAGCUGUCUCCUGCCACGUCGGGCCUCGGGGACGCCACACAGACACAGGCGGGAAGCGACGAGGAGGCCUUGGGGAUGGCGGCGCGGAUGGCGAAGCGGAGCGCGCUGGAGGAUCAAGGUGCGAUUGUGUCGUGCGAUAUCGCGGAAAACCUCUUGCGCGAAGUGUACCACGACACGCUGUUCGUGUCGAUGUGCGGAGACCCGUUGCUGUCUCUCGAGGAUUCUCCUGCAACGGGCCUCUUGGAGAGCACGCACCGGAACCCGGCGCACCUGCGGGUAUGCUAUCCGGCGUUGGGCUGUGGGGCGAGAAAUUACCCGGCAGCUGUGUCGGCGCGCGCGUGCGUCCGCGGGUGGCUCGACAUGCUUUCGGCGCUCGCGCAGGACCCUAUAAGCGCGCCGCACCUUCCACACAUGGCCACGCUCGAAGUGCGCUUCUAUCAGAACUACAAAGUCUACCGCGAGUGGGCGCACGUCUUGUCCGAAAUGCUCUCUCUUGUUUCAGAAGCGGACUACGCGGCGCUCGUGAAGGAUGCAGCGCGGGAGGAAAGCCGCGCGCGGGAAGGCGUCGUCCCGGUAGGGACCAUCGUCACAAGGCCGACGGGCCACAAGACUGCGCCCGAAGUCGACCAAGCGCCGCAAGCACCCAAACCGAAAAAAUUAUGCUGCUUUCGGUAGCCUUACUGCUUCUUAAGCUGCGUUUGAAGUCUUCAGCCUCCAUGAAGAAAACCGUCAACAGAUCAGAACGCCGGGGUGCGAAAGAACCUGGACGGCAUGCAACUCGGUGAGAAAGAGAGUGGGCAAUAUUUGCGAGAGGAUCUGUUUAUGAUUACCAACGCUGGAGCACGUCGUGUUAGUACCUAAACUAAAUUUUUCUUUCUUAGUUUGGCUCCAACCUGCAGCCAUGUUCAAACAGUUGAUGCGUCACUUGUUAGCCGCACUCAUUAGUGGUGCUGAAUCACAUGGAUUUGUCAAGGUGUCGCGUAUAACCCGGAAAUAGCAGAGGUGCUUUAUUCCUACAUAUAUACAUAGUACGUAUUAAUCUUCUUUCAUGACUGACACAAAAUGAUCGCAUGUUCGUUGAUUCAAAGGGCAUGACUACUUAACACGUGAUUUACAGGCUCACCAUCGGUGAAAUCAGUCCGGAUUAGUCAGUUCGCUACAUACUUCUACUCAAAAUCUACUCCUCCCGGGCUGCCGACGGACCCUCUUUUUGGCGCUGUCUUGUCUCUACGGUAAUUGAUGAGAUGAAUGUCCUACUCAAAAUCUACUCCUCCCGGGCUGCCGACGGAGCCUCUUUUUGGCGCUGUCCUGUCUCGGUAAUUGAUGAGAUGAAUUGGACAACUGCGGCAAAUCGAUGGACAAUAAAUAAUGUUUGGGACAACUACACCUUCUCCUUCGUUCUGCCGUUUGAUUGUAACUAAAGUCUACCUGUUGUUUUACUUUCUGCAAUCUUCGUGAACAAAAUUAUUGUUGUCACAUUUGUGUUCUCUCUCGCAGGGUUCGUAGCUCAAUUUUUUGUCUUCAUCGGAGGGGCACCACGGAUGACAUCUUCGACGAGCGACUCGUCUUGUUCAUAGUCUAGCAGUUGGGACUUAUACAGGCAGUUUUAGUGAUGUACAGAUAGUUUCGAUGUUGAGAAGUACCGAACCAGAUGCUGACAUACGCGGGAUGAUCGCGUGUUGACAUCGCGCUGUGAGGGUAAAUUCAUUUAUACCUAACUCAUAAUCUUUCAGAAAUUUUC